CUGUGCGCGUUAGAAAAAAACAUGGCCCAUCAAGGAGUUUCCUGACAACCAUGGACAACAUAACAUGCGGUAGGGAAAGCACAGUUUUUAGAGCCCUGGAUCAAGUGUUUAUUAUUCGAUUUCCACCUAAAAGUCCUUCACUGCUAUCAGGAGUUUGGUCUGGGUUUUCUGGGUUCGAUGUUUUGGUUCGAAGGACAGGAGAAUGAUGGCUUCAUGAUACUAGAGUUGUAGGAAAAUGGAAGUUCGAUUACUAGCGUGCUUGCUGUUGGUCUGCUUACCAAACUAUAAUGCGAGCUGGUUGAGCUUCGAGCAAGAGAAAAUUGACGGAGAAAACCAGUAUUUUUUCAAUCCUCAAUCAAACAGUGAAGAACUGGGCAACUACGUUUCCAAUGGCAACGUGGACGAUGGUACAAGGGAAGAUAUAUCUUUAGACAAAAGGUCCGUUAAUAAACCGGGCAAUGUUUUUGAUGCCCUAGAAGAAAACCUUGGCUUACCUGAUAAAGACCAACGAAACAUAAUCAAGGAAGUCGGCCAAGCAAGCAAGGAUGUGCCUGAUUCUGUCAGAUACAUCAGUGACUUGAUGAUGGAAGAGAUAGGUCAAAUCGAAAAGGAUUUUGCCUUGCAAUUUAGCAAGAUGUUGCCAUUGCAUGAAAUACUUCCUGACAGUCAAGCUCCAAUGCUUGAAAACUACGAUACGGAGAAUUCAAACGAAAUCAAAGAAGAUGAAAAUUAUGGAUCAGGCGAGGUUAAUGAACAAGAGGAAAAAGUUGACGAUCUAAGCUAUGAAUCUUCGACAACCGACAGUGAAAAAGACUUUGCAGAAAGUCCAAGUUUUCAACAAAGUAAAGAAGAAGUAGAGUUUAAAAAUGAGUAUGUGAAAAAUGCACGUACUAGAAGUGGAAUAAAGGAAAAAGCGACUAAUCAUGUUACUAAAUCGACAAUAAAAAUAAAAAAUCAAAGCCCUAGCCAUGGAAUUGGUAAUGAUGAUGAUUUAGACUCUCCUGUUGUCUUUCCUAAAAAGCAACACUACAAUAAGCCUGUUCAAUCAGAAAAGACGUCGGCUUCGUCCGGCGAAUUGGAAGAACUGGGGAAUUUAGUUGUUGACACAAAACUAGGAAAAGAUAGUGGACAAAACAGAGAAAGCAGAACCUUUGACGAAUUCACCAUCAAAAAAGAUAAUGUUUCCAACUUAUUUGCUCACUCUGAGAAGGAAAUGAAAAAUAGUGCAAAAUUGGAUGUCAAUAAAUCUUCUCCAAACGGAACUUACAGCACACUUUAUUCCACGCUUCAAAAUGACAACAAAUUUAUACAAGAAAGGAGUAAGACUGAGAAAUACCAAGAUAGCUUAGAUAAACCCAACGAGAGAUCCAAAAGAUCCAAGCAUACUGAAGAUAACAAAAAGCAUCAUGAGAAAAGCUCAUCUGUUGAUGAUGAUGAUGAUGACAUUCGAUUAAAGAAAUCAGGCAUCUUCGAGAAUAUUGCUAAUGCAUUUGCUCACAUUGAUAAAACUAAAAAGGAAAACGAGAGAGUGGAAAAAAGAAAAAAAUCCACGUUGGAGGAAAUUCAUGAAACCAAUCCCAUUCAACCAGUAAAUGGUGGUUUUACUUCGUGGACUGAUUGGUCAGAGUGUUCAGAAACUUGUGGGAAAGACUCUGUCAGAAUGCGCAUGCGUGUGUGCACCAACCCCCCACCGGAUAAUGGCGGAAAAGACUGUCAGGGCUGGCGAUUCGAAGUCAAAUACUGCAAAUUGCCAAGUUGUAAAGAACAACAGGGAAAAGUAUCGGAAAGUAAGACGAAGACAGGUUUAAAAAGCCAAAGAAAAGAAAUAUCAAGAGAAGAAAUUCAGCAGCCUCAUUCAACUAAUGCUUCGCUCGGCCAGGAAGGUACUAACAAAACAGCAAAAAACCUGAAGCAGCAAAGAUCUCAAACAAAUCGAAUUAUUGAGGCAAUGUUUAAAGAUGUUAUUCAUAAAGCGUUCGUUAUUUCAAAAGAUUUAAAAGUAAAUACUACGAAGGAAAACACCACUGAAACCAAAAGCGCACCAAUAGAGAUCCAUACUGAUUCUGGUCUAAUUGCAAGUGAAAAUGAAGUUGAUACAAUAGAUGAUGCACCAGAUACAUCAGAUAGCAUGGAGUCAGAGGGACAGGAAAAUAUGGAGUCAGAGGGUCAAACAAAUCCAUCACCUCAAGAUAUGGAGUCACAAAAUCAAGACAUUCAGUCAUCACAAGAAAUGGAAUACGAGGGAGAAAAGAAUCCAACAAACAUGGAGUCUGUGGGUGAAGUAAAUCCAUCACCACAAGACAUGGAGUUCAAGGGUCAAGAAAAUCAGCAAACUUCUCAAGAUGCGCCGUCACAAGCCCGAGAAAAUUCAUCAGCGCAACAAAUGGAGUUUGAGGAAGAUUCCAAAAGCUUACAGAAAGAGGAGACUUCUCAGGAAAGUGACUCAACUCAAAGCACCAAUGUCAAACAGUCUGAGGAAAGUCAAUCAUCCCAACACACCAAUGUCA